AUGGUGCAAAGCGGCGGCACAGACACCACUCCCAUCGACCUGACAGCCUCGUCGCCAUAUUGCGGCAACAGCCCUACGAAUCCCAUCGAUCUCACUGGCUCAAGUGCAUCACCAACAACAGCAGGAGCAGCGAUGUCCGCCAUCAACGCAGCGUCUGCGGGGUGCAAUGACGACUCACCCCUCCCCGCAACGUGGGACUACAUGAUCAUCGAUGACUUUGAGACCCCGUCCGACUUGGAGAAUAAGAUCUGCGACGAGGAUGAGCUCAUGGACCACCACAUCCGCCAGGUCCAGUCCGACCAGAUGCGCAAGGACGAGGCCAUGGCCAGGGAGUUGCAGGCCCGCCUGGACAGAGACGCAAGAAUCGGAAAGGAACCCUCCGCCUUCCACUCCACCCAUAAUCAGGGCAGCUUUGGGUUCGCCGGGGGACCUGCUGCCCUGUUUCUCGACGACCAGGACGAGAACGCAAUUAGAGCUCACGGCCAGGCCGUUCUGGAGAUUCGUUGCCCGAAAUGCAAGGUACCCCUUGUGGAGGACUCGAAAGACAUCAUCACUCAGACUAUUGCGCACGUCGACUCAGGCACCAUGUGCUCCCAUCUCACAUGUUCUGCGUGCGAGACUUCGAUCUGCUUAAGCUGCAACACCUCCGGCAGCCGUGCCACUUUAUCGAACAGUGGCAUGCUCCUGAGCACAUCGCCGGAGGAGAGAGCUGCGGUUUCCACGUGCUGCGCUACUGCUCGUGUUAACAUGGUCUGGUUGCUCUCAUGCGGCAUUCAAGUUCCGCUGUCUCAGCCCAGCCCUAGCAGGUCGAGAACCCUCCGAAACUCGAUCAAGGGGAGGAUCGGGGGCUCGAGCACCGAGAACAAGAAACCAGAUCCUCCAAAGUCUGUCAUGAACGCCAUCACCUCGGCGACCACGUCCACUGGCAAGACGGCAUACAGCAAGGGCGUCGGCUACGGCGGCGAGGAUGUGUAUCCCGCUGCUCACAAUCACUUCAGAGGCUCAUCAGCCAAGAUAGCACAGAUCCCUCCGAAGGGGGAGCAGCUCAGCCCCGAGGACCAAAAGCUGGCGGCCUAUUUCCGAGCAUUAGCCAUUGUGCUGCCGUCUCUAGAAAGAUCAUCCCCCUUUGAUAUCCAACCCGAUAGCCUGAUCGCCCGAUUUCUACGACGAAGCCCCCUCCUACCAAAGGCGGCUGAGCUCCUUCGCAACGACUCCAUUGACGAUAUGCUUGCCAAGGAAGAGCUAUAUCGUGCGGUCCUAUCGUUUGUACAGGCUCUGGCAGGGCAUAUAAUCACUGCGAGACUAAUGCACUCGAGCCUGAUCAUGUACGCCACUGAAGGACAGACAUUUGGACUGUCCGUCAACUCCAACGGAAGCACAGGUAAGGGGAAGACAAAGGCAGCGGAGAAGACGAAUUCACUGGCCUCGAUAGUAUCAAAGCUAGCAAACAUCUGUCGACGGAUCACACAGCGCGCGUCGGCCCACUUGGACGAGUUCAUGGUAGAUGAUGGCCCCCGAAUGAUCUCCCUUUGCCACUCUAUCGUCGACCUGGAUAACUUCCUCACGGCAAACCGGUUCGAGGCUGACCAUCUUGAGGUGACUGCAUCGCGCGUCACCCGCCUGGCAGCCGCACAGUCGAGUGCUGAAAUGGCAGAGAAGAAGGCACGCGAAUAUCGGGAAUGGCAUCAGCGAAACUGUCUUGCCGACGUGCUGGACGAUGAGCUGUGGAAGAACUACUACUUUGCCUCUACAGCGGGACAGCUGGUCAGCUCGCAGAAAGGCAGGAUGAAGCGGCUCAUCACCGAGACCACGAACCUCGCAAGUUCGCUGCCAGAGGGGAUCUUUGUCAGGCAUGCCAGCUCCCGACUGGACACGAUGAAGGUCAUGAUUAUCGGGCCUGUGGGCACGCCUUACGAGAACGGUCUGUUUGAGUUUGACCUCUUCUGUCCCGACAGCUACCCAUACGCACCGCCCUCCAUGCAGUUCAAGACGACAGGAGGCGGCUUGGUUCGUUUUAAUCCAAACCUCUACGAAGACGGCAAAGUCUGUCUCUCCCUGCUGGGCACAUGGCAAGGGCCGGCAUGGAAUCCGUCAAACUCCACCAUCCUGCAGGUCCUUGUGUCCAUCCAAAGCAUGGUCUUCUGUGACAAGCCAUGGUACAACGAACCCGGACGAGAGCGCCAGCCAAGUGAAAGCGCAAGUGAUAACUACAAUCGUGGCAUCCACGAGUGGACAGUACAGCACGCGAUGCUGAAAUGGCUCACCAGCACCUCUGGGUGCCUGCCACAAGCCGGUUCCACCACUUCGAGCAAUAAUGUCCCACCGCCCGGCAAUGGUCAGUCGACAGCGACGGUGAACCGGUCUGACGAGUACAUUUGGGGAGAUGUGGUCCGGAAGCACUUCAUGACAAAUGCUAAAGCCAUUGGCGAGACGGUUAAGAAAUGGAAGGCAAAGGGCCUGAAGAAUAGCAAAAUCGGCUCCUUGGCGACCGAGCUGAACACUGCUAUGAUCACGAAGGGCUUUUUGCCGUGA